UUAACACCUCACAAUUGAGAAAAGCCCCUAAAAUAUAGCCUCUAUUACCGCCAAUAAGCAGCGCCGCCUUUUUCCGAAGCCAUUCGCGGCGGUUCUGUGCUCUAACGUCGGCGAUUCACAUCGAGCAACUUCUUCGAGUUUGUAAAAGAUGGCGUUUGAAGGGGGCACUUUGAAGUCUUCCUCUAUAAAUGGAGUCAAAAUGUACUCGGUUUCCGGCCAAAACCGGUCGCUUGCGGCAUGGCUUCCUCCAAAGAAGCUCAGAGCACUGCGGAAAAAUCCAGAUUAUUUGCAGAGAGUGGAUUUGGUACAGGAUUUGAGGUUUGAAACCUCGACUUCUAGAAUUAAGGUGACGCCUGAUGGGGAGUAUCUUGUAGCUUCAGGCAUUUAUCCUCCACAAGUCAAAGUGUACGAGCUGAGGGAAUUGUCACUGAAGUUCGAAAGACAUUUGGUUUCUGAAAUUGUUGAUUUCGAGAUAUUAGACGAUGACUACUCGAAGAUGGCAUUUCUUUGCACUGACCGGUCUAUACGUCUUCAUGCAAAAUACGGGAGUCAUUACAGUUUGAGAAUUCCACGGAUGGGCAGAGAUAUUGCCUAUGACAGCUGGUCUUGUGAUAUAAUUUGUGCUGCUUCUUCUCCAGAUCUGUAUAGGAUAAACUUAGAACAGGGCCGUUUCCUAGCCUCUCUUAGUACACAAUCUCCAGCUCUGAAUGUGGUGUCUCGAAGCAAAAUCCAUGGAUUAGUCGCUGGUGGUGGUGAGGAUGGUGCUGUUGAAUGCUUUGAUAUGAGGACUAAGUCAUCAGUUGGUCGACUGGAUGCUGUAGCAAGUGCUGGUGAUAAUGAUGCGGAGGUUACUGCAAUUGAAUUUGAUGGAGAUGGAGGUUAUCAAAUGGCUGUUGGAAGCAGCGCUGGGAAGAUCCUAAUUUAUGAUUUGCGCUCAUCUAAUCCUAUGCGAAUAAAGGAUCACAUGUAUGGCAGCCCGAUACUCAACAUUAAGUGGCAUACGACUCUAAACUCGGAGCAAUCAAAAUUGAUCACUACUGAUAAACACAUAGUCAGGAUUUGGGACCCUGAGACGGGAGAAGGUAUGACCAGCAUUGAACCAUCUGCUGGGAAAAUUAAUGAUAUAUGUGUCUUCAAAGACAGUGGACUGAUUUUGUUGGCUCUGGACAGCAGCCAGAUACCAUCUUACUUCAUCCCAGCCCUUGGACCUGCUCCAAAGUGGUGUUCUUAUUUGGAGAAUUUAACAGAAGAGCUUGAGGAGGGUGGACAAACAACCAUUUAUGAUGAUUACAAAUUUUUGACAAAGGAGGACCUUGCUAAACUGAAUCUGACAAAUUUGAUUGGCACCAAUCUUCUCAGGGCUUAUAUGCAUGGUUACUUUGUUGAUUAUCGAUUGUAUAAAAAGGCACAAAGCUUGGCUGAGCCAUUUGCUUAUGAGUCUUAUAUAGAAAAGCGAAAGCAGGAAAAAUCACAGUCCGAACGUGAGACCAGAAUAACGAUCAAAAGGAAGCUGCCGAAAGUUAAUAGGACUUUGGCAGCCCGACUUCUUGAAGCAGAGGAAGAGCAGAAUGACGAUAAGGAUGCGGAUGUUGCCGAAACUCAGGAAAAGGCAGGUGCUAAGAAGGGACCAAAGAGGAAGAGAGGACUCACCACUGAAGUUCUCAAGGAUGAGCGGUUUACAUCCAUGUUCGAAGAUAAGGACUUUGAGGUUGAUGAAUUCUCAAAAGAAUACCUGGCUCUGCACCCUAUGCCAGCAACAACAAAUAAGCCCUCUUUGCUCGAGGAACAUUUUGAGGCUCUUUCAGAAGAUGAUGGACAGAGUGUUAAUGGUUCUGAUGUACCAUCAGAAGACGACCUUGAAAAUACGGAUGGCAAAUCUAAGAGAAAAUCCCAAGUACCUAGAUUUUAUGAAGUGAAGGACAACCGGCAUGCAGAAGCAUUCUGGAAUGACGAGUCGCUUGCAGACGAGGAAUCCCUUCCUAUGGGUGAAAGAGCAGCUCGGACGAAACCACAGCGAUGUUCAAAGGAUGUUGUCAAAUAUGGUCAAGGGGGAUCCCGGGAAAUCUCUUUCAAGGCCAGAAGCUCAGCAAAAGCCAAGGAGUAUGAUGAUAUUGAGGAGGCACGUCCUGAAAAGAGGAGGGGCGUGCAAUCAUUGAAGUUACCCGGUGGCUCAGGUCGUGGUAGGGGUGGCGGCUUCCGUGGUAGAGGCGGUGGUUCUCGGGGUAGAGGUGGUGGUUCUCGUGGUAGGGGUGGAGGCCGUGGGAGGAGCAGCAGGGGAAGAGGGCAUUGAUGAGAACAUGAGCAUCAAGAGAAACUUUCUUAACUGUGCUUGCUGUGUCUUGUGAUGCAACUUCAAUUUUGGUAGAUGCAUUCUUGUAUUUGACUUAUUUUUUUCUGAAUGUAUUUGUAUGACAAAAUUACUGGGCUUUUGGUAUUUAUGAGCUGAAAAUUGUUAUAAUUUAUUGACGAAUAUACUUAAAUAAGUAUACA